AAUGGAUUUAAAGUUAAACGGUGCAAAGUGUCGUAAUUUCCUGCGCACUCUCCGCAAACACUCCGGCUCUCAUGUGGAUUUACGGGCAGCCAACGCGAUUUCUUUCUUAUCGCCGAUUUGCCUUUACUGUAGGAAAUCAUGGAUUCUGAUUAUAUAUUUCAUAAUGGAGAUGAUAUUCGCAAUAUGGGACUUGAAGAAAUGCGACGUCAAAAGGUGCUGCUGGCCAGCGAGCUGAAGGCGAUUGACGCCCAGAUUAGUGAUUUAGCAUUCAAUAAUUAUGGAACAUAUGCAGACGCUGGAAGAGCCACUCACGAUUGCUCGAAAACUUUCGGAGAAAUGCGCGAUAAAACUGUAAAUCUGUCGGAUCAAGCAGAGGAGUUGACUUCUGCGUUUGUAGAGUUUAGAGCAAAAGCUAAACAGCUUUCUGAAGAGCAGGAUCUUGUCAGAAAAGCACUGGACAAGUCAAAUCCGAUCUGGGAGCUUUUGACGCUACCCUCGCGCAUGGACAUUUGCAUUCGUGCAGGAUACUAUGAUCUGGCUUACACAUUGACCAAUUAUGGCUUGCAACUUCAACAACAGACUCAACUCUACCGGAAUCCGCUGAUAAAAAAAGUCGCGGACCACCUAGUCGAAGCUCGUGCUUAUCUUUUGGAGGAACUUUUCAACAAAUUCGCUGGGCCACUGGAUCUUGCAGAAUCCAUCAAAGUUGUGAAUAACGUUCGAAAGAUGCCCUCAUUGACAGCGAAUCAGCUGAGAAUCGCCGUUCUUCAGCACCGGGAUAUUUAUCUGGAAAAACAGAUUUUAGAUAUUUCAGGAAAUGUUGACAUGAUUGUGCAGGCGAUCGAGAUCUACCGUACCAGUAUGUACGACACUCUCGUGCUUUAUCUUGCAGUGUUUCCGGAAAACGAAGUUGUUCGAAAAAAUCCGAAUGCUGAUCCGAGAUGGGAAUCAUGGCCAGUUCUGCCACCAAACUCGAUUCUGUCACAAUGGGUUAUUUCGAAUGUCAAGAAAAUGUUGGAUCUUAUCACAAAGGCGGAUGUUAAAUCAGCCGUCGAUCUGUCAGCAGUGUGGACAAAACUAAUGGCAAUGGCAUCAUCUUUCGGAAGAAUGGGCAUCGAUUUCCGACCACUGAUCGCCGGAAAACUAACAAAACUAAUUGAGCAAAGAUUCCGUCAAAAUGUACAAGAAGCGACGAGUAGACUGACAGGAUCUUCCCGGGACAUUGUCAUGAUCGGAAUAGAUCCAGCAUCACUUCCUCAAUUCGAAACUGCUCCAGAUUCUCCACCAGUGGCUGCUGCCGAACUGAGUCUCUGGGAUGAUAUGACAAUUUACACGAAUUCAGUGGUAGAUGCUCUCAAUGGACUUCGAUUCAUUCUAACACCAGUUGUCCUGUCAACUGUCGUCGUGUCACUUCGUGAUUCGAUUCGUUCGAUUCUCACGUGGCUUGCGAGUUCUCAUUCCAACUCGGCCAAUUUCUCCCGGGCGGUACGGAUCGUGUGCACCAGUGUGGCUCCGUUCUUUGAGAAGUGUGUCGCAUUCUUCUUCCCGCCGGCAACUGUUAGCAAGAUUUUUGGAUCCUCGAUUUCUAAGCGGCAAUAUCUUCAAUUCAUCGAGCUCGACAUGAAGCAACUCGCCGCGUCCUGUGAUGGAGCCGAAAAAAUCGAAGAAAUCGUGAAACCACUUCUUCAGAAACGAACUUUAGAGGAAAUCGGAUUGGAAAAUGUACUUAAACCGACGAAACCGGAAGAAGAAAAAACGAAAUUCUUUUUGGAAGAAACUGUAGAGGAUGGUCCUGGGCUCGCGGAGCCGCAAGAAGAAGCUUCAGAGUCUGUGAAGGAGCAGGAAACGACUUCUGAGCUAGAGAAGAAGCAUGGGACGGAUUUUGAGACAGCAGAGACGCAGGAAAUGGUAUCUGAGCCUGUGAAAGAGCAUGAGACGACUUCUGAGCUAACAAAAGAGCAAGAACCCGCAUUUGAGCCAGAGAAAUUGCAUGAGACGCCUCCUGAGCCCAUGGAACCUCAAAAUUUCGGAGAAUCUGAAGCGAAGGCCGCUCACAAUCCUGAAGCUCAUUUAGAGCUCGGAGAAACUUCUGAAAAUCAAGAAAUACGGGAGCAAGAGCACAAGGAAGUGGUUAUCACCUCGACUGAGCCUGAAUUUCAUGAAAUUGACUUAAAUUCCGCGGUUUUAAUUCCGAAAAUUGCCGUCGAGCCUCAACUCGAUCCGAUUAGUGAGUACCUCACGGAAUUGACUCAAGAUGAUCCAAUUGAAGAAGAAGAAGGCUGGGGAUGGGGAGAUGAUGAUGGAGAAGAGCAAGAAAUUUCUUCAAAAGAAGUGGAGUCACCGAAGGAAAAAUGUAAAAAAGAUGAUUAAUUUAUUGAUUUUUAUGUGUUUUUUAAUUGUUCAAGUGUGAUGAUAAUGAUAAUGUAUAAUUCUGGGUUUUAAUGUUACUUGAAUUUAAAAGUUUAUCACGGAUAUGGCUAUGCUCUCAAUGACAAUAUUAAAACAUUUCCAAAAACCAGCAAAGUUUUAUGAAUUCGCAUUUAUUUCGUGUUAACAUCUUCUAGGAAAUUUUUUUAAAGCUUUUUUUAAAAAAUAA